AAGAUCCAAUUAUGCCAUGGAGAAGAUUGAGCUUGAGAGCGAGCAAGCUAUUUAGCUCUUAGUUGCUCUAUAUUUUGAUGAGCUUGAAAGAGUUCCUUUUUCACUGCUCAUCUAGAAAAAUUACAAUCAGUCUAUCGAUUGGAAGGGUUUGCAACUCUGCAUGGAGUUGACGGGGUGAGACUUGAACACACCAUAUCUCGGUUGCACUGUGUCAAGGUACUAGCUAGCUAGUUCCCCAUCAUAGCCAUGGCCAAGCUGCUGGGUGUCAUGGUGUUUCUCCUGGCACUCAUCGCCAUUUCCAUGCUCCAAACUCUGGUUAUGGCUUCCCAUGGACACGGCGGCCACCACUACAACAACAAGAGCAAAUAUGGGCCGGGGAGUCUGAGAAGCAACCAGUGUCCGUCGCAGUGUAGUAGGAGGUGCAGCAGGACGCAGUACCACAAGCCGUGCAUGUUCUUCUGCCAAAAGUGUUGCAGCAAGUGCCUCUGCGUCCCACCGGGUUACUACGGCAACAAGGCCGUCUGCCCUUGCUACAACAACUGGAAAACCCAGCAAGGCGGCCCCAAAUGCCCUUAAAUUAAAAUAAAAGCCUACUUGAUGACAUUCACUACUACUGAUAUAUUUAUCCUUAAAGUUCUGAGUCUGUGGGUUGUAACUUGUAAUCUGCUGCUGUUAUACAUGGUUGGGUUUGAUUGGAGGUUUGAACAAACAAAAUACUACCCGGGCCGGUUGAUCAUGUGGGUGGAUCCAGUGGUCAGACAUGGAGGUGGUUGUUGCAGGGAAGGAGGACCAGGACCAAUUGUAGAAGAUGGUGGGAAGAGGAAAGGCAAAAAAAGGGGCUCUGUUUCAGUAGCAUGCCCCUGUCUGUUGUUGCAAUGUCCAUUAUUGGCAUUUAUGGUUUCAGAUCCCCCAUCUCAAUUAUCUCUACCUUACAAAAUCUUUGCAUAUGUCUGUAUCAUCUAUUACUCGUCUCUUUUUUUCCUUUUUUUUUUUUACCUUCU